AUGGACCCUCUUAUCGUUACGCCACGGCUGAAACUAACGCUGCUCACGAAGGCAGAGCGAGGAAGUCCAGAAUUCAAGUGGCUCCAUGAACUGCACAGCAAUGAAAAGUCGAUCGUUGGUGGCCGGGCGAGGUCCAUGGAGGACGCAGAGAUGAACAUGACCUGCUAUCUGCCCACGAACAAAGAAGACGGUCUCUACAGGAUUGCCUAUGCUGUCCACAGGAUCCUCGACUCAACGGAAACCCCCACAGAAUUCAUCGGACUUGUGACGCUACGGUCGUUGGAUGCGAAUUGCCUUCCUUUGCCUGAAGAACUCACGCUGCCUGCUGCUGCAGCCGCCACGAUACUGACCGUUGAAAUCGCAUAUUCAUUCCUACCCGCUGGAUGGGGUAAAGGGUACGCAACCGAGUCGGUAAAGGCGAUGUUCGAGUGCUGCCGGAGAGCGCAAUCCUUCUGGGCGCCCUUUUCGAAGGUUUACGUCCGCGCGAUUGUGAACGGAGAGAAUGGGGCGAGCGCGCGGGUGAUGGAGAAGACUGGGAUGGUAAAGAGGGGAGUGUAUGAGUGGAAGGGGAAGGCCGUUUUGGUCGGUGGCAGAUGGCGAGAGCGCGAUAGUAUCUCGAUUUUUGGCAUGCAUUUGUUAGGUGGCGAGGAGCAAACAAGGCCUUUGGCUUAA